AUGACGAAACUUGCCGAAAACUGUGGCCUCCUAGGUGAUUGGGAACGAGCGGGAGAGCUGCAGCGAGAGGUUGUGGAGGCGAAGCAACGAACGUUUGGUGCGCAUCAUGGUAGCACCAAGCGCGCGAGAAGAUAUUUAAAACUUGUGGAAGCUGCCUUAAAGGAUGAGGGGAAUGAGCUAGCUGCGGUUCAGUGGUUGACGAAAGGUGGUGGGAGAGAAUCGACCAGGAUGUCUAGAGGUAAUCACAGUGAAAGCGCUAAAACGAGCAGUCACGGCUACCACGACUCGGUAGUGCAUAGCAGAAAUGGCUCCACCGUGUCCGUGCCUUGCUUUUCAAGUAUGACACCUGUCACGUCACCAGGCGCUCAGAGACAUUCUCACGCCCCCAGCCCAUCCGACCCCGACCUCCAGGAUGCCCGUAACGAAGUCACCCGCACGUUGCAAGCAAUCAAAGAAGCUCAAGCGCAGUUAGCGCGCCUGAACCGAGAUCUGGCGCAACAUGUCCAAGAAUUCGCUCGUGGCAACAGGACGGUAAGAUCCGCAGAAUUUGAGAUCCUACGAUAUGAUCACAGAGACCAGGUAUACGCCAACAUGAGAAAAGCUCAAACGGAGCAUGAAGGGGCGAAGGAGCGUCUUAUGAGACUUGGAAUGGCCGGAUACAAUGAAAGUGAAGGUGCAAAACGUGAUGGGCAUUCAGCCUCUUCAUUAACGCCGCGAACAGCAAUGCGACCUAACAGCGCGGACAGCCUAGAUACCCUUGUUGAGCCUCAACCUUCGCUACAGGCAUCAUGA